AGAGAGCAGGAGAGGUCGGUCAUGGGUGCCGCGGGAGCCGUGCUAGCCCGGAGGGGGAGAUGAUGUGAGGGUGUCCUCUCCCCCCACCCCCCAUCCCCGGUAUUUUAUUUGCAAAGGGGAAAAUGAUAUUGUGGUGCUUUCCCUCUCGUGCUGAACAAACCCUCAUCACCUCUGCUUUGACAGGCAGCUUGGUUUCCUCUCUGCACUGGGCAGCGAAAGAAGAGAUUUUUUAAUAUUUUUUGGGGCCAUUUCCCUCUCCUUCCCCGUUGAGGGUGGGGCGUCCCAGGAAAAGUGAGGUGUCUCUGUUCUCUCUCCCCCCCCCCCCCCCCCCACUACUCUUUUGCCCCGUUUCACCAGCUACCUCUUCCUUAUUAAGACCUCUGUGCGUUGCUCUAGAGUUACAAGCAUCCACCAACCCUCCCCAGCCCGGGAAGAAUUUAAUCCUCGAAGUGAGCCACCAACUACCCCCCAACUGAAGAUAAAGAGGGUGGGGGCUGUACAAAAAGGACAUCAUCACCCCCCCCACCCCUCUCCUUAGCCCCAUUUUCCAUCGGGGGACGGCGCCAGCUGGGACCAAAACACGAGCCUGCCUGCCUCCCCCUUAAGAUGUUAAUCCCGCUGAUCAAAGCGCCCGAGAGAUGAUCAAACGCUGCAAGGACGGAAGAUUGCACUAUUUUGACCCCCUUCGACUUCCAUAAAUACAUUUUUUUUUAAAAAAAGAACUUGGUGGGACCUUAAAAAAAAAAAGCGCCCACUCUUCCUUGCCCCCAAGCUUCGCUUCCGUUGGCAUCAAUCCGCUCCUCCGCCCUGACCAAUUUCGUUUGGGUGAUGGAUGAAUUCCAUCCUUUCAUUGAGGCCCUCCUCCCUCAUGUCCGGGCCUUCGCCUACACCUGGUUCAACCUCCAGGCCCGGAAGCGCAAGUACUUCAAGAAACACGAGAAACGGAUGACGAAAGAUGAGGAGCGGGCUGUCAAAGAUGAGCUGCUCAACGAGAAGCCGGAAGUGAAACAGAAGUGGGCUUCGCGCUUGCUGGCCAAGCUGCGCAAGGACAUCCGCCCUGAGUACCGGGAGGACUUUGUGCUCUCCAUCACGGGGAAGAAGCCCUCGUGCUGCGUCCUGUCCAACCCUGAUCAGAAGGGCAAAAUGCGCCGCAUCGACUGUCUCCGCCAGGCUGACAAAGUCUGGCGCCUCGACCUCGUCAUGGUGAUCCUCUUCAAAGGAAUCCCCCUGGAGAGCACCGAUGGGGAACGCCUUGUCAAGGCCGCACAGUGUACCAACCCUGUCCUCUGUGUCCAGCCACACCACAUCAGUGUCUCGGUCAAGGAGCUUGACCUCUACCUGGCAUAUUUUGUCCGUGAGAGAGAUUCAGAUCAAAGCAGCAGUCCCAGGACAGGAAUCGGUUCUGACCAAGAGGAUAGUAAACCCAUAAUCACACUGGAUGCAGCAGAUUUUCAAGAGAAUUUUGUUACGUCAGGUGUGUUCAGUGUCACAGAACUUAUUCAAGUUUCCCGGACACCAGUGGUGACAGGCACAGGUCCAAAUUUCUCUUUGGGAGAGUUGCAAGGGCACUUAGCAUAUGACCUGAAUCCCUCAAGUACAGGGAUGAGGCGGACGCUCCCCAGCACUUCCUCCAGUGGGAGUAAACGGCACAAGUCAGGAUCUAUGGAGGAUGAUCUGGAUACCAGCCCUGGGGGUGAAUACUAUACCUCCCCCAGCUCCCCCACAAGUAGCAGCCGCAACUGGACGGAGGACAUGGAAGGGAGCAUCUCUCCAACUGUGAAAAAGACAGAAAUGGACAAGUCUCCCUUCAACAGCCCAUCUCCGCAGGACACUUCACCCCGGCUGUUCACUCAGCAUCACCGUCCUGUCAUUGCCGUACACAGUGGUAUCUCUCGAAGUCCCCACCCCUCCUCUGCGCUGCACUUUCCCACCACUUCGAUCCUGCCCCAGGCGGCCUCCACCUAUUUCCCGCACACAGCCAUAAGGUACCCGCCUCAUCUGAACCCACAGGACCCUCUGAAAGACCUCGUCUCAUUGGCUUGUGACCCAUCCAAUCAACAACCAGGACCGAAAGCACCUACUUCGGAACCUGUUGACCAAAGAAUUUUGGCUGGCAGGGUCCAGAAGGACAGCCUUUCUGCUAUGGUCUCCACCUUCUGGAACAUUCUCCCAUUGGAGUUAAAUGGAGGUGGUCAAGUGAAGGUACCCGGGCAUUACCUUCCUACCCAGAUGUUGGCGCCGCCACCCCCAGGUAUGCCCCGCCUGGCAAUCUCACCUGACACCAAAUCUACCACGACAACUUCCGAGGGAGGGACCACCUCGCCGACGUCUCCCACCUACUCCACCCCAGGCACACCCCCUGCGAACCGCUUCGUGGGAUUAGGACCACGGGAUCCUGGCAGCAUCUAUCAGGCACAGUCCUGGUACCUAGGCUAGUUGCAGCUUCCAUCUGCGUCAUCAUCUUCCUUUCCUCCCCCGGGCUUUGGGCUUCCUUUGAGGAGAACAGUGCAGCCCUCCCACCCCUGGCCCAAACCUUGGGGGCAGCAUGGAGAGAGAGAGAGAGAGAGAGAGAA